CCUCUCGGACCCAGUCUCCAGCCAGCCAGCUGUAACCCUUUGAGGUGGGCGUGUAGCCAUAUGAUCGAUCUGCUUGAUUUGCUGCCGGGAUCACAUGAAAACCAGAACACCUCCUGCUCUCCUGCCCUCUGGUGUUGGCUAUGGCGUCCCCGGCGCCCAUGGAUAUAUGCGAACCAGUGGCCGAGUCCGCGGAAGAAUGGACCACCGUUCACCACCGAGGUCGCCGCACCAAGACGCACCGACCCAUCCCACUGCGCUCCCGUGAGGCUGCCCUCACAUCUCAGCCGCUGCCCUCCUCUUUAUCUGUGGCCGAUAUCGAGAGGGAGCACCGGCGCAUUGCCGACCAAUGGAAGACGUCCGCGUGCCGUCGUCAGCUAGAAGAGAUCAUUCUCUCCCGCAUAUGCAAUUCUGAGAUUUCCGAAGCCAUUUGUCUUGGUCUGGGGUCCUUCGAUCCCGACAACGGGUCCUGGGAGGCUAAGAGAACGGCGCACGUACAGCUCGCCGCCUUCCUAUAUAUUGCCGACAUGCUACGCCCCCCAGGCUCUUCGGCCAUCCCCUGUAUCUUCCAGGAGCCAUUCUUCAACUCCGCAGAUAAGGCUUUUAUCCGGAGCCUGGGCCAUGAAGUUGUCGAUUCUCCCGAGGGCUUCGAGCGAGUUGGCGCUUCCACCUUCGUCUUCGGUGUCCACCUCUACCGAGACAUCUACUUGCAAGCUAUUGCGAGCCACAUCCCUAGGAUCUUCGUUGGCACCCCUUUUCAUAUUUGGCAAGUGUAAGUAUGAGAUCCCUCCAUAACGCACACUUGGAUGCUACCUUGAGCGCCGCCACUAACCUCACGUAGGUGUGAGGACGGUGCUCCAGGCGCAAAGUGGUCCCGGAUGGAGGGAUUAGAUCGAUUAUGUGACAAGGUGCAAUUUCCUCAGGACUCGGACCAUACCACAUUCUCGAGCACGGCAAUUCAUUGGAUACGGCAGGCUGAGACAUGAAGCCGGCUGGUAGACCCUGAUAUCUUCUAGUCUGUGUUAUGAGGCGCCCGUUACGCAACCGUCCUACCCCCCCUUUCGCCGAGAGCAGCUUACCCUUGCUGCGCACUAAUAGUUCGCCUCUUCUGCCGCACCGACGAUUACCCUAUCAGUGAUGUCGCC